UGUGACUUGAUGCUUUUUAUAAACCACUGUGGGCAGUUUGUAAAGGUUGGCAAUGAUUUUGAGUAUUAUGGAGAAGAGGUCACUUCAAGAUAUGGAUUUGACAAAGAUAGAUUUGGUUAUUUUGAUUUAUUAGAAGAAGUUCAAAAAUUAGGGUACACUAAAGGAGAGAAACUAUAUUUUAGGGCUAACAACAGUAGAAAGUAUGUUCACAUGCACAAUGAUGAGGAUGUCAUGGAAAUGCUUUCUAUGAUGGAACCUGGCAAGCAUUAUGUUCAAAUAUAUGUUGAUUCUGGUUCCACAAAUGAAAGUAAAGGUGAUGAUAAGCAAAAAGGCAUAGCAGAUGUGCAACAAGCAGCUGAUGAUAAUGUUUGUGAGGAUAGCACAGAUGAGGAGUAUAUUGUAGAAGAAAGUUCUGAAUCAGAUGGUCUCAGUUUAGAUGAAAUAGAAAGUUGUGAAUUAGAUGCACUUGGUCAACUUAGUGGAGAAGAGUUGGACCAGUUUAUUGAUAAUUUUCAUGAGGACAGCACAGAUGAGGAGUAUGUUCCAGAAGAAGAAAGUUCAGAAUCAGAUGGACUGGGUGGAGAUGAAUUAGGAACUGAUGAUGAAGAAUACUUUGAAGCAAGGAGAAAAAGAGCUGAAUCCAAAAAAGUUGCAGAUGAAGAAACUGAAAAUUUCACAUUAUCUUCGGAAAAGGGACUCAGCAGAAGAGGUUUCUUCUGA